AUGGCCGGCAUCGUUGCCGGUAGUAUUGGCGGAUGGUCUCCCAUCGAGCGAACCCAUGGGUCCGACUCCAUCAGCUUCCCGACAAACGGCGGCCCUCACAGCGGCCUUGAUCGCGAGCCAGGAAUCGAAGUACACCCGGAUACCGCCGCUGAUGAUCGUAUUCUGAACGAGUACUCCGCGACAUCCAGGUCACCCCCGAGCCAGAACCCGGACUUGAUUCCAUUCUUCGAGCAUGCUCCACCGGUAGAUCGCGCUCCUUCUAGCCGUGGCCGUCGCUCUUUGUCUCAGCGAUCAAGAUCGAGAUCGAGUAUUAGCCAGUCGCAAGUCUGA